UCUAACUUUUGUUACUGGUGGUUUUGAUUCUUCAUUAUAAUUAAUUAAAGUAAUUUAGUGUGUAUAUGAAUGUUGUUAAUUGCUGGACUAUUUUGUGUGUUGUGCAAUCUUAUUAAUAUGCAGAGAUAGCAAGAAAAAGACUUAAAAUUAAGUAUUUAAGAAUUCGGUUUUUCGAUAUUUUUAUUUUAGUAGAUUGUUUUAUUUCAUGAAAAUGACUGAAUAUAAAUUAGUCGUAGUAGGCGCCGGUGGUGUAGGAAAAUCGGCAUUAACAAUACAGUUAAUACAGAACCACUUCGUAGAUGAAUAUGAUCCAACUAUAGAAGAUUCCUAUCGAAAACAAGUAGUUAUUGACAAUGAAACGUGCCUGCUGGACAUUCUCGACACGGCAGGACAAGAAGAAUAUAGUGCAAUGAGGGAUCAGUAUAUGAGGACGGGUGAGGGCUUCCUCCUUGUCUUCGCAGUCAACUCAGCCAAAAGUUUCGAAGACAUAGGAACAUAUAGAGAACAAAUUAAACGAGUCAAAGAUGCUGAAGAAGUGCCAAUGGUCCUUGUUGGGAAUAAAUGUGAUUUAACUGCAUUGGUUGACAUGAAUCAGGCUAAAGAGAUUGCCAAACAGUAUGGGAUCCCGUUCGUGGAGACGUCGGCGAAGACCCGGAUGGGCGUGGACGACGCGUUCUACACGCUGGUGCGCGAGAUAAGGAAGGACAAGACAAGGGGCAGGCGCUACCACAAGGCCGGGUCGCACGCCCGCGGGCCCUUCAAGUUCCCGUCGCGGUGCUCCAUCCUGUAGGGCGGAUCUCGACCGAGGGCCACCCCCCUCCCGAUGAUCUCCGGUGGUUUGCUUACUACACAAAUUAAACAAAACAAAACAAGUUGCUUCACCUAAAAAAUUACAAAUAAUAAAUUAAAUAAUUAAAAUUAAAUAAUGUAAACAGAGAUGAAGAUUGGGGGAGUGUGUGUGGACGCGUCUCCUCAACGGCAACACGCCCGUUCAACCCACGAUCCGUUACUUGUUGCUGUUUGUUAUAAUAUUUACAAAAGUCCUUUUUUUCAUUUUUUUUGUUGACGGUUUUAGUGUGAGUGGCGAAAUAAUUGGAAUACACGUGCGGAACGAGUGGUGACUGUCCGGGGGUUGCUUCGGGGAAUGCCAUCUCGCAAGUGAAUCUCGUAGCCGCACAGUUUUUGGGGGUGCGGUGGCAUUCCGCGGAAACAACCCGGCUAAGAACGCUUUUUUUGAAAAGUUAAAUAAUGUAAACUUAAAAAAAGAGUAUUUUCGUCCUUUUUAUUAACGCAAACUUUGUUUUCUGUGUCAGUCUAAAUUACUGUAAAUAUUCAUUCGCCUAUGUUAAUUUACGCACAUCGUUGUGACUGUUUUCUUAUUGUAAAGAGGAUCAUUACAAGAGUUUUAGAUAUUAUUUUAUGACGGUAUCGUAUAUGGAAAAUAGAGUUUUCAGGACUUCAGUUUGAGAUUUCGAAACUACUCGACGACUACCUGUGGUUAAAUAUCUUUGUAAAUAAAUGUAAAUUUUGUUGUAAUAACGAGUAGGCGACGCUUUCCUGAAAAACUAUUUUAUUGUGUAACAGAUAUUUAUUUUUUUAAUAACUUAAUGUUUUUGUGAUUAAUAAUUCUCACAUAAAUAUACUCACAGAUGAGUUUGGAGCCUGUGCCUGAGGUUGAAAAUACCUUGUCCUGUAUAAAUGUGCUAAAAGUUGACUUGGGUCUUCAUAAAAUUGUAUAGUAGAAACUCCUUGUUUAAAAUUAAACAUAUUGGUGCAUCUUUUGAAUUUGACUACUGAAGAUUUAUCAAUGUGUUAACUUUGUUAACUAUUAGUAGCUUUAGAUAUAUUUUUGUAAAACUACAUUAACAUAAAGUUGUUAACACCAAUAAGCAGUAUAAAAAAUGAAUAAAACUGACCUUAGCUUAUUAAGCAGCAUAAAAUUACUCAGUGGAAUUUGUAAACGUUUGUAUCAUAUCAAGAUAAAAUGCACAAAUAUACGCUAAUCUGUGCCUCACAACUGUUUCAUGUUGUUUGUAAUAGAUCCUCUUUAAUGUAUUUCUUAAAAUUUAUUAUUAUAUAUUACAUUUUAUAAUAUAAAUUGUCUUUAAUUUUUAUGACCGGUAUAUAUAAAUAUAAUUUUCUAUGAGAUUUCUUAAUGUUUUACUAAUAUAGAUUUAAUUUCAUAUAUUAUACAAAAGCAAUUGCUUCCUUUGCUCAAUUUACAUUGAAGGUUUGAAUCAGUGGAUGUGAAUGAUAUAAAUUGAACAAAGGAAAUUAUAUAUGUAGUGUUUAGUUAUAGGUUUAUCAAAUACUAAACUCUUCUUAAUAAUAAAAUGUUAAAUAUCAGACAUUUAA